AUGGGCAAGGUCGAGUCUUCUCCGGACGCCUACAAGUUCUCCGAGCAUUACCUACCAUGGCACGCUCACAUAACGGCGCUCACCGUUGCCCCAGAAGCAAGAAGGUCUGGCAUUGCAAAGAUCCUGACCGAUCAGCUGGAAGUCGCAGCUGAUGCUGAGAACGCCUGGUUCGUGGACUUGUUCGUUCGAAGCAGCAACCACAGAGCCAUCGCCCUUUACAAGAAUCUGGGUUACAGCGUCUUCCGCGUGGUGAAGGACUAUUACGGUGACCACGCAACGGACCCUUCCAGGGCGAGCGAGGAUGCACUCGACAUGCGCAAGCCCAUGAAGCGAGACAAGGAUCGUCAGCACAUUCGAGAUGAUGGAGAAACUCAUAUGGUUGAUCCCGAGGAUGUUUGGUAA